GAGUCAUGAAUCAUGACAUGUGAUCGCAUCGCGCGGCCAUCUUAGAAUUCUUCAUUAGCCUCCGCAUUCAAGGAAAGACAGCAGCCUAGUACUUUAGGGCCACAGAGCUACUUACUAGGGACAACAUAAGGGCACAGAAUCGGUAGGAUCGCAACAGAAUUGUUCUCAGGGACAUCUUAGAAUUCAUUAGCCUCCGGGACACAGAAUGUUACUCAGGGACACAGAAUCGUUACUCAGGGACACAGAAUCGUUACUCAGGGACACAGAAUUGUUACUCAGGGACACAGAAUUGGUACUCAGGGACACAGAAUCGUUACUCAGGGACACAGAAUCGUUACUCAGGGACACAGAAUCGUUACUCAGGGACACAGAAUCGUUACUCAGGGACACGGAAUCGUUACUCAGGGACACAGAAUCGUUACUCAGGGACACAGAAACGUUACUCAGGGCCACAGCUAUCAAAGAAUCGAAAAUUUAAAGUGACAUACACCC